AUGUCCUGUGACGCCUGCCGCACACUACCACAGGUGAUCCCCCAGGGAUACACCCCCAAAGGCACCUUUAAAAAAGUCGCCGAUGUAACUGGCCCAUCAGAUGCCUCCACAGGCAUUGUGGUUCUCUAUGACGUAUUCGGCCUGGCCAUCCAGACUCUCCAGGGCGCGGACCUUCUGGCCACAAGACUAAACUCCCUGGUCCUAAUUCCCGAUUUCUUUGAAGGAGAAGUUGCGCAACCCGAAUGGUUUCCAGCGGACACGGAAGAGAAGAAGAACUCUCUUACGAGCUUCGUCGCCAACAAAGCAUCGAUUCCGAGGAAUGUGGACACUCUGUUGGAAAUAACUAGCCAGUACAACACGCUGUUCCCAUCUGUGGCGAAAUGGGCCGCUCUGGGUCUCUGCUGGGGUGGGAAGGUCGCUGUUCUAGCCUCUGGUCCUGGUACGCCGUUUGUGGCGACUGCACAAGUACAUCCUGGUCGAGCGGACAAAGCAGACGCUGAGAAGCUGACAAUUCCCCAUAUUGUCCUUGCGUCAAAGGACGAGCCGGUCGAGGAGAUUCAAGGCUAUGCGGAGGUCAUCAGUAAGAAUGGAAUUGGCGGUCAUGUCGAGACAUAUAAUACCAUGUGGCACGGCUGGAUGGGGGCUCGUGCCAAUCUAGACGAAGAAGAAAGCAACGCGGAGUACAGACGAGGCUCACCGUCGAUCCUCCUAUUCGGAGUCGGCAGUGUUGGCGCAGUCCAUCUCCUCCAAUUGCAAAGAGCAGGCUGCACCGUCACAGCCGUCUGCCGCUCCAACUACGAAGUCGUGAAACAACACGGCUUCACUAUAACCAGCGAGCGGCUAGGAAACACCACCUAUAAGCCCGACCACGUUAUCCGCACCAUCGCAGAAUGCCCCCCAGACGCAGUCUACGACUAUCUCAUUGUGUCUAGCAAGGUAGUCCAGGGCAGACAGCCCCCACUGGCGGAUCAGCUCCGACCCGCUCUAGAAGGCCGACCAAACACCACCAUUGUUCUAGCGCAAAAUGGCAUUGAGAUCGAAAAUGAAAUCGCUGAGGCAUACCCUCUCAAUCCGCUCCUAAGUGGCGUUGUCUACAUCUCUGCCGCCCAAACCAGCCCUGGAGUCAUCGACAAUGCGGAGAUGUUGAAUCUCGUCGAACUGGGCACAUUUCCGGCUGAUGCGCCAGAAGCGCAUAAGGUUUCUGCCAGACGGCUGGCGAGCCUGCUGGUUCAAGGAGGUGGGGACGCUACUGUACUUGAUGAUAUUCAGGUUGCGAGGUGGUCGAAGUUGUUGUUAAAUGCGGCCUGGGGUCCGGUCACUGCGUUGUCGCUGUGUACAGAUGGGGACUUUUUGCGGAGUUCGGAGUUUGCAAAUGAGUUGGUGUGGGGCAUCAUGAUGGAGAUUGUGACGCUGGCACGGAAGAUUGGUAUUCCUGGGGUUGAUGAGGCGGCUGCUGAGAAGCGGUUUGCUAUUGCUAAGGCUCGCGCGGAUGCUGGGACGGGACGGGAACCUAGUAUGCUGCAGGAUGUCAAGCAGGGGAGAUUGUUUGAGGUAGAGGCUAUUGUCGGGAAUACAGUUCGUGUGGGUCGCAAAUGGGGGGUUCCUAUGCCUCGGUUGGAGACUAUUUAUGCUUUGGCUAAGGGGAGAUAUGAAGUUAUGUUGAAGGGUGGAGCAUGA